UCCUGACCACUUAAAAGCCUCUUCACGUCUGAUUUACCUCAGUAAAGGCUAACUGACGGACGAUACAAGGGUGUAGUUCAUCGGACUCCUCUUACGACGAUGGCUGUUUUUCAUUUUAUUCUGAGCUGGGCUUCUCAAAUCCUGAUACCGCUCCUUGUUCUCGCUUUCUUUGCCUUUCUCGGACUCUGCUUGUAUAUUAAACACAUUCAUGACAAAUACGACCACAUACCUGGACCACCCAGAGACAGUUUCUUUCUGGGACAUUCUCCAUCGAUGCUGGAAGCGAUGAAAGGUGAUGGAAAUGUGCAUGAUAAAUUCAAGGAAUGGACCGACACAUAUGGACCUGUUUGCAGGGUAAAUGUUCUGCAUUUCGUUUUUCUCCUUGUGACUUGCCCAGAGACAACUAAGGAAGUCCUGAUGUCCCCAAAAUACCCCAAGGACAGAUUCCUCUACAAGAGACUCUUCUACCUGUUUGACCAAAGGUUCCUGGGUAAUGGUCUGGUAACAGCACAGGACCAUGAAGUGUGGUAUAAACAGAGGCGUAUCAUGGACCCUGCUUUCAGCAGCUUGUAUUUGAGAGGUCUUAUGGGCACCUUCAAUGAGAGGGCAGAGAAACUGAUGACUAAACUUGCGGAAAUGGCCGAUAACAGAACAGAGGCCAACAUGCUACACCUAGUCAACUGUGUAACCCUUGAUGUUAUUGCUAAGGUUGCUUUUGGUGUGGAUUUAGACCUGCUGCAGAAUAGUUCACCCUUCCCUAAAGCCAUCGAGACAUGCCUGAAAGGGAUGGUGUACUACAUUAGGGACACCUUUUUCGCUUACAAGCCAAAGAAUCGCCCAUUCAUUAAUGAAGUGAGGGAAGCGUGCCGCCUGCUGCGAUCUACUGGAGCAAAAUGGAUCAAUGAGAGAAAGACUGCUUUGAGAAACGGCGAUGAUGUCCCCAAGGAUAUCCUCACUCGAAUCAUCAAAACUGCUGGCAAAGAGGAGUCCACGUCUCAAGAAGAUGAAGAGUUCAUGUUGGACAAUUUUGUGACAUUUUUCAUUGCAGGACAAGAAACAACAGCUAAUCAACUGGCUUUUUGCAUCAUGGAGCUUGGAAGAAACCCUGACAUCCUGGAGAAAGCAAAGAAAGAGGUGGACGAAGUGAUUGGAAUGAAACAGGAGAUCAGUUACGACGAUCUGGGGAAGCUGGUCUACCUUUCACAGGUACUCAAAGAGACUCUGAGGAUUUACCCGACAGCUCCAGGCACAUCACGUGAUUUAUUGCAGAAUAUUGUCAUCGAUGGUAUCCAUGUACCUGCAGGAGCAACCAUUGUUUUCAGCUCCUACAUCACUGGAAGGAUGGAAAAAUUCUUCAAGGAUCCGCUGAAGUUUGAUCCAGACAGAUUUCACCCUGAUGCUCCAAAGCCUUAUUACUGCUACUACCCCUUUGCUCUCGGCCCACGUGCAUGCCUUGGACAGAACUUUGCUCAGAUGGAGGCUAAAGUGGUGAUGGCCAAGCUGCUCCAGAGAUUUAACUUCAACCUCACGCCAGGACAGAGCUUUGACAUCCUGGACUGUGGCACACUCAGGCCAAAGAGUGGAGUGUUGUGCUCGAUCAGACACAGGGAUUACAAGAAAGAAAAGAAAGAACAAUAAGGAAACAUGAAGAGAGACUGUAACAGUCCAUGGAGUGAAAACUGGGUUGCUGGUUUGCUUUAACUAUUGUAACAAAAGUCCUUCAUGCUGCUGUUCGUUCACACACUGACCGCUAAAUUUGCUACAUAGAUCUACCAUGAGUAUUAACUAAUCCCAUUCAUUCACUGAUGCAGCAGUGGGAUUAAAUUAGGAAUGAGUGUCUUUCCUAUGGAUGCAUCAGUAUGUGACUGCAGGAACUGGAGAUUGAACCUGUACCCCCUGGUUGUGGGACAUCUGACUCAACCUACUGAUCCACAGUCACUGAUUGCUGCUGUAAUGAAGGCCCCUCAUGCUGCUGAUCAUUUUAACUCUUGUCUCUUGUCAAAUUUUAUUUGUUCAUGUGGUUUAAACAUAUUCAGAGAUGCUCUUUGAAAUGAUAUGAAAUGAUCAUACUCAUGCACUUCUACUAUAUUCUUUAUUUUCUGUACAAUGAUUAUAUGGGAAAGAUUUCUUUUUUAACCAAAAAAAUCCUUUAACUCUUACCAGAGUUAACCUUUUAGCACUGACUCAUUACUGUUUCAUAAUCAAUGAGUGUUUAUGCUGCUUUUUUGUGCUUCCAACACUAAUAUAGAAUCUGCAUAAUGUACUGUUUUAUCAAAUUACUAUGCACUUAACAAAUCACUGGAACUGAUUCAGAGUAAAAACAAGUGCUUGUUUCGCUGUGUAAUAAAUGAUCGAUCAACU